AGCCGUGCCAGGGUUGCAUUACACACCCACCGAGGACAGACGAGGUCAUGUCUCCAACUCCCUCUGACUAUUUCUCACCAGGUUCUGUCUCCUUGGAUCAUGGCAGAUUAUGAUAUGAUUCUGAAGCACUGGAGACCAGUGGAAGCUGAUUACAACGCCCACGGAAACCUGGUUCUGACCCGUUUAUUUAACGAGCACCCAGAAACCCAAAAGCUGUUCCCUAAGUUUGUGGGCAUCCCCCUGGGGGAGCUGGCCGGUAACGCUGCUGUUUCCGCCCACGGCGCCACCGUGCUGAAAAAGCUGGGUGAGCUGCUGAAGGCCAAAGGCAACCACGCUGCCAUCCUGAAACCUCUGGCCAACACCCACGCUACCAAGCACAAGAUCCCAAUCAAUAACUUCAGGCUGAUUUCCGAGGUGAUCGGGAAAGUCAUGGCGGAGAAGGCAGGGCUGGAUGCUGCCGGCCAGCAGGCCCUCCGGAACGUGAUGGCCGUUGUCAUCAGCGACAUCGAGGCCUCUUACAAAGAGCUGGGCUUUACUGGAUAGAGCCACGCCCCACCUGAGAGAACCAGAACAUCCACCUGCGUUGGCUCUCAAACACACACCUGUAUCGUCUGUAAACGCGAUCAGACUGCUGAUAGUAACGAGUAGAAUUACUAAACACACACAAGACUCUCUUUCAUGGACGUCAUUUUCGCUUUAGAAGUGGGGGGGACACGGGGGGGGGGGGGUAUCUUUACAGUAUGCUCUAAUGGGAAACAGGUUUCAACACAAACGGUUGUUUUCUGCUUGGUUCUAGAGCUCAACCAGUGUCAGUUUAAUAUAGCGUAAUAUUGUUUUUGGAUGGUAAAAAGUGCAGGGGUCAAAACUUGACUUUGGAAAAAUUGGGGGGGACAUGUCCCCCCUGUCCCCCCCCAAAAUUACGUCCAUGCUCUCUUUACAUUCUGGAUUGUUGUACUUAGCUGACAGGAAUCAUACAGAUUUUCAUAAUUCACUCAGAAUGCCAGAAUCCUUGAGACAACUGUUAUAAAUCAUCAUCUGAUUUUACUAAUAAAACUCUGCUGCUCUUCACUGAU